AUCACAACCACCGCCACGGGUUGCAUUGCAUCAGAUGCUUUCGGAGGAAAGUUUUCCUCACAGAAUUACUGCCAACUCCUUCAAUUUGUUUGGAAGCAAUUUCAAGGUCACAGCGAGUCUGGCGCAGUAAGAGCAAACAUGGCGCACGCGAUGGAGCAGGUUAGGAGAUUUUUUGCUCCAUUUUUAGCGAAAAGCAACAUUUCUAGAAGAAUAUGCAUUCAACAUAUAAGAGAGUUAUCUACAUCACACCUUCUGUACAGAUGUCUAAGCCACCAGACAUCUGUCAAGUCAGCGUCUCCCCUUCAGACCUCAUAUGGCCAGCCGUUCAACUGCACACACCCUCAUCUGAUGAAGGAGGGAGAGGUGACGCCGGGUCUGACGGCUGACGAGUUCGCCGACCGUCGGCGUCGUCUGAUGGAGCUGCUGGCCCGCCAGGCGCCGCAGCAGCAGCCUCCUCAGCACCAGGUGGUGAUCGUGCCGGCGGCGCGCGUCAGCCACCUCUCUGAGGACAUCCCGCACCCGUUCCGGCAGGCCACCGACCUGCUCUACCUGAGCGGAUGUCAGGAGCCGGAGGCGGUGCUCGUGCUGCACUCAGAGCCGGGCCGGCCGCCGCCCGAGCACACCGCCACGCUGUUCGUGCAGCGCAACACCGCACACCGUCAGCUGUGGGAGGGCGGCUGCACGGGCCCGGCCGCCGCGCCCGCCAUGCUGGGUGUGGACCGGGCGGCCGGGACUGCCGAGCUCGGCCGCUAUCUCGAGUGUCUGGCCGCCGACUGGGCGGGCACCGGCACGGCGGCAGUCUGGUUCGACUUCUCUGCAGUGGAUGUGCACGGACCGCUGAGUGGUACCGUGAGGGAUCUGGUGACAUCCCUCCGCGGCGCUGCUCUGGAGUCACCACGCCGUGCCAUCCAGAGUCUGCGCCUGGUGAAAUCUACAGCCGAACAGCGACUGAUGCGGAAGGCCGCCCGCUGCGCCUCCGCCGCCAUACGGGACGCCAUGGCGGCCUCCCGUCCCGGGGUCUCCGAGCACGAACUGUACGCCCGCGUGGAGUUCGGGGCGAGAAUGCGCGGUGCUGAGCGGCUGGCCUACCCUCCAGUGGUGGCCGGUGGUGAUCGCACCAACGUGAUCCACUACACCAACAACAACCGGACGGUGGACGACGGCCAGCUGGUGCUCAUGGACGCAGGCUGUGAGCUGCACGGCUACUGUAGUGACAUUACCCGCACCUGGCCGGUGAACGGUGUCUUCUCCCGCCAGCAGAAGCUGCUCUACAACACCCUGCUGGAGGUACAGGAGGCGCUCAUCGACGUGGUGCGGACGUCGCGGCCCUCGCUGGACGGCCUGUACGGUCACAUGUUCAGGAUGCUCUCUGAGCGUCUGGCAGACCUCGGCUUGGUCGGCUUCAACCGCGAGAAGGGACAGCUCUUCAGGUCUGUGCAGCGGUUCUGCCCGCACCACGUCGGCCACUAUCUGGGGAUGGACGUUCACGACACGGGUCUGAUCCCUAAAAACCUGCCGCUCCAGCCGGGCAUGGUCAUCACCGUCGAGCCAGGUCUGUAUAUCCCGGCGGCCGACACGAGCAGUCCGGAGGAGUUCCGCGGCAUGGGCUUCCGCAUCGAGGACGACAUCCUCAUCACGGAGACGGGCUGCGAGGUGCUCUCCGAGGAGUGUCCCAAGACGGUGGACGCCAUCCAGCGCGCGGUGGGCGGCCCCUCACCGACCGACUUUUCAGCGGUAUAGCCGGCCGGUCACUACCUCUCCUUGGUUAGUCGACUUUGGAGGCGCGAACGUGAGCGAGGCGGCAGAAAGGAUCGAGCGGAGAAGAUAGGUCCAUCCGAGACCGACCCGCCGCUCCCACAUCUCAGGAUGAACGAGGCGUGUUUGGUUAUGCGUGUUUGGUGCGUGUUUUGCUAUCCGUGUUUGGUGCGUGUUUUGUAAUGUGUGCGAGUGUGCGUUUUACCACAGGCUGUGGCAGUGCCGUUGUAUACAGUUCUAUUUUGAUUGACUGUGAAAGUGGGGUCAAUGUAUCUACGCGUGCGUUGUAUGUGGAUGUGUUUUGAUACGACAGUUUAGGAGUCUCUCGGUAUUGUAAAAGCGCAUAACCUGAACCCGGUUUUCUUCCCCCAGUAGUCUGUAAGUGUUCAGUCUUGUUACCUCUAAAGCCUUGGAAAAAUAUAGGCAAAACAACUUUGUACUUACCACCCUAGGAUCGUACGCAACCUGCGUGCCAUGCAACCGAACCCGGCUGUGCCCGAAUGCUUGCCCGUUUCGACAUAUUUUGAUUAUUAUAGGUGCCAAUAUGCGCCAGUCAUCUGGUGCGGUAAAUGAGGGUAUCGGUUUGCUGUGUAUUUUGUGUGAGCCUCAUAUCGGAUAAGGGUAAAAUGGAAAUGCACGUGACGAUGACAAA